GUGCGGUACGUUUCGCAGCGCGUUGUGUGACAAACCUCGGAAGUUUUGUUGAACUACGAUUGAUUUCGGUCGUUUGAUGGGAACUGCGUGUUUGUAACUUUUUUUGUUUGCUGCUGCAUCGGCAGGUCGAGUGAGGGAGUGACAGAUGCGAGACUUACCUGCUGCAGAAACAACUGCGCCGAUGUGUGUGUAUGCUGUGUUGGUGAUUUGACAUACUGUUUCUGUACCUUCCCGUGGUUCAGUGUUUUCUCUAGAUAAAUAAAAUCACAGGGUCAGGUGGUGGAAACGUGCUUAUCGCAUUUGAGCUAGAGUCGUGAUUUUACAUCAUAAAUUGGAAUAUGUGAAACUCCGUUUCAUUGACGAGAUAAGUGUUAAGAAGAGAUAUUAGUCAUGAUUAUGCUAAGUGUCUGCUUGAGAAGAAAACGUGACUCGGAAGCUCUAAACAUCUAAUCAAAUCGGAAAAGUGUUAGAAAUGAUAAUACCAAAUUUCGCUUUAGGUCUAUGCAGUUCGGACCCAUUUUGUGCCUGUUUUCACUGAUGGUUCAUCAGCUGAUAAGUGAUCAACGAAGAGGAAGAGCGCGAAUUUGCGGGUACGGGUUGUGAUUCCUCGACCGCGUCAGUGAGAUAAUGAAUAUUGAUCCAACAGAAAGUGGACUGAAAUUUGAUUGGCUUCAGGAAAACCUGCUUUUUAGCGCAUUCGUGAAGUGAAUUGCUCGUGAGGUCAAUGAAGCGUCCUGAAUGACAACAACAACGGAGCAGUUGGUGAUUAGGAAUUUUAUGACGUUACUCGCUGCAUCGCUAGUGCUCCGGCAACCAGCACUGGAAUACAGGUUUGGUCUACCACGCCGAAGGAAAUGAAUGAUUCAUCACCGUCUGCCUGCCUGAGCGAAUUCCACCGUCGAUAUUGAUUAUCUUCCACUCCCAACACUCGACAGCAUCCCAUACACGAAACCAGCCGACUUUCAUGUAGUUCCCUCAGUUUGAAUGGCAGGGAAUCUUUCAUCACAGAUCCGUCACACUGUCACACUAACGGCGGACGUGGCCAAGUGACUUCCGCGGGCUUCUAUGAACAUCCGUGAGGAAGCUGAGCUUAUCAGCCAACUGUGGCGAGAGAUUAUUGAUUUUUUGUUUGUUUUGAGACCGUUUUUAGCGUGUGGGCGCAUUUGAUGUGGCUAAGCUGCAGAAGAAAAUACGAAAAGAUAGAAGAAAAAAAAAGCGAUACGAAUCUUAAGAUAGUGGAAACACAUUUGCGUGUUAUAAUACAGAAAUAAAACACCAAUACGAGAAGAAGCAAUAAAACGAAAAUCGAAAGUGAAAUUUCCAUGAAAAGUAAGAAAUAUUAAUGGAGUAUGCGUGCGUAAAGGUCAAUAGGAGAAGAAGUGAAGUGGAAAGUGUGUCAUUGAUCGAUCACAUUCGCGGGAAGCACUAAGGCAGUGAAGUAAAUAGCAUUCGGUAGCAGCACUGUUUUUGGUAGUGGUUAUAAGAUUUAUGCUGUGACGAAGUGUUCCUAUGUUUGGUCAUACGGUCGAAUGCUGUCACCUCCGUCGGCCAAAUUAAGCCGGAAUGAUAUUGGUGGAACGGCUGUUGUCUGCUAGUGGUUGAGAAGAAGAAGAAGAAGAACAACAACAACAUUGUAGCUGAGGAAUGGAGUUAUCGCGGCGAAGGUGACUGAGACAGUGUUCAGUUUUGAAAAUGUGUUAAUUUUUUUGCUUAUGAAACAGAAAUUCAGUUAAAUUAAAUACAGGUAGAAAAAUAUAGAAAGUUAAGCUUAUAGAUGAAGCAGAAGUGAAAGAAAGAAGUGCGAAGAGAAGGACACGAUACACAAAGCAAAUACAACACUCGUCAUUAUUUAUUUCGAAGAAAGUUCACCAGUCGUCAAAAUGAUGCGAAGACGGGUGCCGAAUAAAUUCAACAACAUCAACUAUCCCAGCAGAGUAGAAGGAUGGUUGGAUUUUUGUGAGACCGAAGGACAAGCCACACGAUCGACAAAUCUACCAUGGGGUCCUCUAUACUGCGUAUUACAGCAAGACGAACAAACCCUCACAUCCUACUGCAGUGAAGAGCUUUCGAUAUUUCCACUAACCACGAAAAAAGAUGUAAAGCUAACGGACAUUCUGUUCGCCGAACUGCCCCGUGUGCGGCUCGACCAACCGCCAAAGCAUCAGAUGAAGACUAUAUGGGAAACGUGUCAUCCGACGUUACAAGAGGAACCGGAGGAAGAGCACGAGCAGUACAUCCAGCUCAACACAACUCUGCGAAGCGCAACAGGUAAGAGCGAUAGCACAGAAGCAUCAACUUCGUUUUUCGCUGUUGGAGACACAUCCUACGAGAAGGCAUGCCGAAGAGGUUCGGCCCCAAGUACUCCGAUCUUAGGACAAAAGUCAGAAUCCACCUCAAGAUUCACCAACUUCUUUUCGAAACGUUCCUUCCGAUCGAACCCGCUAAAGCGAACAAAAUCCGUCACCAAAUUGGAACGAUCGAAGCGUGGCCAGGGUGGACUGCGGGGCUCUAGAUCACAUGAGAGUCUACUGUCCAAUCACGCGGUGAUGUCUACCAUAGAUUUGUCCUGCAUCGGUGCGAUCGGAGUAGUUCCGGUGCACGCGUCAGUUUUGGGCCGACGGCACUGUUUUCAGGUGCGCGGUGGACCCCGAGGGGAACGUUACUACAGCUGUGGAUCGCGUCAGGAACGGGAUCUAUGGAUCUACAGUUUACGAAAAUCAAUCGCCCCGAAUGCCGAAAAUACCCGGCGGACGGACAACUCGCUGAAGAUGUGGGUUUACGAAGCCAAAGCACUGCCACCGAAGAAGAAGUACUUUUGCGAAAUCAACCUGGAUAAAACGCUGUACGGGCGCACGUCGGUCAAGCUGCGAUCAGAGCUACUCUUCUGGGGUGAAUAUUUUGAUUUUCCGGACGUUCCGGAUAUAAAUGUAAUAACGGUUAACGUAUACCGGGAAGGUGAGAAAAAGAAAAAACGAGACAAACAUGCUCUGGUGGGCUCCGUUAAAAUACCAAUUCACGAAGUGACCUCCAGGACCUUCUCCGAAGAUUGGUACACGAUUAUUGCAGAGAAACAUGACAGUAUCAGUAAAAAUUCAUCCAAAGAACCUAUGCCUACCCUAAGGAUAAAGUGCCGCUUCCAAAGCAUUGAUAUUCUCCCGAUCGGCGUGUAUCAGGAGUUUCUCGAAUAUUUGAAAGAAAAUUACAAAAAAGUUUGCGAAAUCCUAGAGCCGGUUAUUGGUGUGAAAGCAAAAGAAGACAUUGGACAAGCAUUGGUGUUGUUGAUGCACGCGCAGGGAAUGGCUGCAGCGUUCCUCACGGAUGUAGUGGCGUUAGAUCUUUUGCGCGUCGGCGAUCAGCGGCUAACCUUCCGCGGAAAUUCCCUUGCAACGAAAAGUAUGGAAGCUUUUCUUAAACUAACCGGAGAACAGUACCUGCAGGACACACUUUCUGCUCCGAUAUCGGAAAUUAUUUCGUCCGAUCGUGACUGUGAAGUUGAUCCUUUGAAGGCUACUGGUUCGUUAUCUCGACAACAACAGGCUCUUAGAAAUGCGGUUAAAACUGCAUGGACUAGCAUUGUAGACAGUGGUAAGAACUUCCCUGUCCAGCUAAGGGAUUGCUUUUCGACAUUCCGCGAGCGACUUCAGUUGCUCGAUCGUGAAGACAUGGCCGACAAUUUAAUUAGUGCCUCGAUCUUCCUGCGUUUCCUUUGCCCUGCAAUCCUUUCGCCUAGUCUAUUUAACAUUACCAAUGAACUUCCAUCUGCCAGAGCAACCCGUAACCUUACACUGGUGGCGAAAACUCUUCAAACUCUAGCCAACUUCACCCGCUUUCAAGGCAAAGAAAACUUUAUGGAAUUCCUCAACGAUUUCUUGGAACAAGAAGCACCUCGUAUGAAACAAUUCCUUCACAGCAUUUCUACCCGACCGGAAAACCCAAUGCAGGAAAGCAUCCUUGACUGGGCCGGAUAUAUUGAUCAAGGAAAGCAGCUGUCCAUUCUGCACACACUCCUCGCAGAAAGUAUCCAAAAACUACCCACUUCCAAACAGAAUGAACUUCAUCCACUUUCUGCAAUUCUGGAGUCAAUUACCGUCACCAAGGAAACCAACAAUUUUAUCACCACACAGCAACAGAUUCCACAACCACAGCCUCAUCCGAACCAGGAAAAUCAAAGCCUGCCGAAUGCACCAAUCAAACCGACCUCGGAGCGAGGAAUAAUUCGUGGUGUUUUAACACCAACUUCAUUGGAGAAAAACAUUUUCCGCUACAAUGAUCCAACUGUGCGGCCCCUGCUCAGUCAGAACCAAAGUACCAACUCUCUACAGCACUCGCACUCCACUUCUAGUAUUAAUUCGACAACCAAUCUACAUGUCGUCACCACAGCUGUUCAACAUCACAACGUCUCAAGUACAAACAACUCCAGUGAGAACAAAUAUCAAUAUCCAAUCGGUAGUAUGCGCACCUACGGAGCCAGCUCCCAUUAUUACAAUAAUUCGAACAACAUCGGUAGCUUGAAGAGCGAGAAAGAAAAAAGCCCAAUUCUGAACAAUAGCAUCCGAGCGAACACACUUCCCAGAAACAAUGGCAUCACAAUAAGCAACAGCAACAUUAACAAUGAUGUAGAGGACCACACUAACGGCAACAACCUCAUCCAGAUUGGCUUCGACCCAAGCAAUCCGUUCAAUCGAAAGAGUCCGACACCUCUGCUGAAAUCUUCGGUUCACAUAAAUGGAAGUCGAAGUCGUAAUCUGAACGGUUCACAGCUCAGCUUGCUUUCCGAUCUAGGAAAGAAUCCACUUAGUCUGGGAAUUCCGCACAGCGAGAUGGUAACGAGUAGCACUCCCACUCCUGCUGUCAAUUCGAAUCCAUCCAAUAUGCCAAUGAGUUUGGAUGAUUUGGAAGACCUGUUCAACUACGCCGACGAACAAAACGUAGCAGAAGCUCAGAAAGGCAAAGAACAACUGACGGGCAAAGGGAGCAAUAUUUCAAUCGGACAAAUUUCCAAUAUCUGUAGUUCCGGUUACCAAAGCAUCACAACCCAAUCUCAGAGUUCAAGUCCGGUAGAACUCGGGCAGCAGCAAAUUGAAUACGUGACAACCAAAGUUCCACCACCACGGAAGCCUGGCAGCAAACAAUACGGUUUCAUCAACCAGCGUUACACUCCAGCCGGUAACAAUGGGAACAUUGUUAGCUUGAACUGUUCGAAUAACAAUAAUAACAACAAUGAUCAUGAAGGUUCAUACGCUCCAUUGGCGUACAAAAAUCCCCUGUACCAUCACGGUACGAAUUCUAGCCAUGGAAACGUUUACAACAACAAUUUGAUUAUUGGAAGUAAUGCUGCUGGUAGUAGCAGUGUCCUUAUCGGUGGCAGCAACGCCUACAAAAGUCAUCUCAGUACAAUUGGAAGUGGUGGCAAUCUACACACUUCGAGCAGUGAUGAGAGGCUGAGUAAUCACGAUAAUUAUCGGGAUUUGGAAUCACUGAAUGCUGGUAAUGGAAAUGCAUUCGACGGAUUCGGUGGGCUUCAUGGCCGACGACUUGGAAGCAGCCGAAUGCCUCGGACAAAUCCCUUGAUGCAGUACAAACGUGAGGAGUCCCUGGAUAUACCGCCGAUCAAUAGUUAUAACAGUGGAAGCAGCAGUCGGGAUCACCAUCAUCACGGCAAUAUCAACAAUAGUACCAGCAGCACCGGAAACAACCGAUACCAACGUCGAAUGAGCAUUGAUUCCGGUAGAACACUCUCGGACAGUUCAACCGAUACAGAAAGUGCUCCAAAGCAACAUCCCACUUCGGCUGCUUACAACGGUCACAUUGCCCAUGUUGGAGGCUUGAGCAACCACCUGGAGAGCAAACGUCGCCAUCAUCGUACCAGUACUAGUAAAUCUGUCGAACAGUGCGAACGAGAAAUACAGCGACUACAAGCGUCGGUAGAUGAGUUGCGUCAAAAACUAGAGGAGUCCGAACUGAAAGAGGUAACCGAAGAUCUAGAAGCGAUUUCACAUCACAGCGAUACUAAGAUUCGCAGCAUCAUUGGACGCCUUCUGGCAAUGGAGGAGGAACUUCGACGUGAGCAGUACAAGAUGUCGCUCGUUCUAACGCACAAACAGCGGGUAAUCGAAGCCCAAGGCCAACAGAUUGCAGCUUUGGAUGCGGCCAACAAUCGUCUCUUGACGGCCUUAUCCAGCCUUCGAAACCGGUACGAAAAUCAGUCGAACCAAAGUGACACCAGCUCUCCUCAACCGAACGCCAGUGCAUCCUCUUGUUAAAAGCGUUUUCAAUGAUCGCUAAACUCGUAAUACUGCUGCUCUCUUAUUGGAAGCAUAAUAUCCUGCGAUUUUGUUCUCUCGGUUCAGAAACUUGGAAGCGAACACAGCAAAGAACAACGCGCAAUGGGUUAAACUUUUUUUUUGUAAAUAGUGGCAACACAAAAUCUUUGAAUAAUACUUAUGUUUAGAAUUUUAAAUUAUUUAUUGUACAAUAUGCACCCUUAAAGAUUUUAAGCUAUGAUAAUUGAACAUCAUACCUAGUUUUAUUUGUUUUUAUUUUUCGUUGAGUGAAGCACAAAACAAUUCACAAUUCGGGAAUAAGUCAACAGACCACUUUAUUGAGUACCUAUACUCAAGUUCAGCAACUACAAAACUACAUGUCGACUGAUGAUAAAACAUUCAAUCAAUACGAUGCCUCUGUCGGAAAGCAAUGUGACUGCCUCGGAUCAAGCGACCGUGAUAUCUAAUAAAAACCAGUAUUCAUUAUAUCCGGCGGUCGCCCUACGAUUAGUUUUGAGCUCUUUUACCACACCCUCAAUAUAUUGAGAUGAUAAUAUUGUAAAAAUCAUAAGAAAUUAAUCAAAUAUAACCAAAGAAUCAUUUCAUGAAUAAAGCUUCUCGUAAAUUUA